AACUUGCGCUUCCUUCGUUGGCAGCAACUUCCGCCACAGUAGAUCUACUUCCGUGCACUUUUUGUUUGAGUCAUCGAAUGCGCUCCACUAAUUAAUUCUUCCCGAAUUAGUAGUAACGGAUUGAAACCUCCACAUCGUUCGUCCAUCACUACUUCAAAAGACUAAAUGUUGGUCUAUAACAAUAUUUAAUUUGGAUGAAGUCAUUAAUGCUCUUAAGAUGAAGGAGACGACAGGAAAUGUUCGCUUAAUGAGGUGUUCCGGUCAAAGUAACCCGAUGGUGUGCGUCUCAUUUGUCUUCUGCGAAAAGUGCGAGUUACCUCGAUAUUCGUGCCCUUAAAAUUAUACAACCAACACCAAACUAUCAUUUAAAUCUUAAAUCUCUGUCUGGAUAAACUCGUCUUGGUGGUGCAAGUUGACGCUUAGCAAGCUUGAACCCCGUUAGCUUCACUCGCUAGCCGCUAACGAAGCGACGCGUUUGUUCGCAACACAUCGCAAAGUGUUGUGACUAUCGCGUGAAAAUGUGUGCAAGGACGACAGCAAAGUACAAGAAGGAACUUUUUGAAAUGAAUGAAGAGAACGAGCGACAAUGUCAACUGCUGGACGCUGUUCGCAAGCAGCCUCGUGUUGUAUUAUACAGAGCAGACAUCAGUGGGGAUCUUUGUCCUGAGCAGCAGGAGCCAGAGGCCCCUCACAUUAAAGAGGAGGUGGAGAAUAAAGAGGGCCCCCAUAUCAAAGAGGCAGAUAAAUUGGAGUCCGUUUCCAUUAAAAAAGAGGAGGAAGACGAGCGCCCUCACAUCAAACAGGAAGAGGAGGAGGAGGAUAUCACCAAGUUUCCAUUGACUAGUCUCCCUUUGAAGAGUGAAGAUGAAGGUCAAAGUGUGGAGAGCAGAGGGGCGGAGCCUCCAAGCAGCAGCUCAAGUCAACACUUGACAACAGAAGGUGAUGGAGAACACUAUGGAGGCUCACAAGCAGACGGGCUCUUAGCUCCAUUAUCAGAUAGUGACAACGCAACGUCACACUCUCCUCACAUAAAUGAUGAUAAUAAACAGUCUGAAGGUGAUAUGCCAUGUCACACUGACAACAAACAAUGGAGAUGUUCUCAGUGUGGGAAAACGUUUUCUGAUAAGGGCAAUUUGAAACGACACAUGAGAACACACACUGGUGAAAAAUCUUUUUCCUGCUCAGAUUGUGGCCAAAGAUUCUCUAAAAAGGAACACUUAAAAAUACACACAAGAAGGCACACUGGUGGGAAACUUUUUUCCUGCUCAGACUGUGGUUAUAUAUUCUCUUCUAAGGGACAUUUAAAAAUACACACAAGAACCCACACUGGUGGGAAACCUUUUUCCUGUUCAGUUUGCAGUAAAAGAUUCAUUCAGAAGGGAAAUUUAAAAAGACACACAAGAACCCACACUGGAGAGAAACCUUUUUCCUGCUCAGUUUGCGGUAAAAGAUUCAUUCAGAAGGGAAAUUUAAAAAGACACACAAGAACCCACACUGGAGAGCAACCUUUUUCCUGCUCAGUUUGUGGUCAAACAUACACUGAUCAGGGACAAUUAAAAAUGCACACAGGAACCCACACUGGACAUAAAUCUUUUUCCUGCUCGGUUUGUGGUCAAAGAUUCUCUGAUCAGGGACAGUUAAAACUGCACACAAGAACCCACACUGGUGAGAAACCUUUUUCCUGCUCAGUUUGUAGUAAAACAUUUAUUCAGAAGGGAUAUUUAAAAAUACACACAAGAACCCACACUGGCGAGAAACCGUUUUCCUGCUCAGUUUGCAGUAAAAGAUUUGCUGAUAAGCAAUGUUUAAAAAAACACACAAGAACUCACAAUGGCGAGAAACCUUUUUCCUGCCCAGUUUGCAGUAAAACAUUUACUCGUAAGGGAACCUUAAAAUUACACACAAGAAUCCACACUGGUGAGAAACCUUUUUCCUGCUCAGUUUGCAGUAAAAGAUUUACUAUGAAGGGAAAUUUAAAAAUACACACAAGAACGCACACUGGAGAGGAACCAUUUUUGUGCUUAGAUUGUGGCCAAAGAUUCUCUGAGAAGGGAGACUUAAAAAUACACACAAGAAUGCACACCGGAGGGAAACCUUAUUCCUGCUCAGACUGGGAUGAAAUAUUCUAAUAUAAGGGACAAUUAAAAAUGCACACAAGAGCGCAAACUGGUGAGAAAAAUUGUGUCCAAAGAUUCUCUCCAAAGGGAAACUUAAAAAUACACACAAGAAUACACAUCGGAGAGAAACCUUUUUCCUGCUCAGUUUGUGGUCAACGAUUCCCUCGUAAGGUUCGGGAUAAGACACAUAAGUGUGCUGAUGAGAAUAGCAGGGAUCAAGACGCUUUCCUGAAAAUGUAAAUGUUGAACAUCAAAAGUAAUUACUCUGUUACUGACUUAUAAAAAUCUACAUUCCUGUA